GGCAGCAGCGGGACAGGCGCAGAGCUGCCCCUGCACAGCCCUCGCCUGCCCGCUGCGCUCUGCCCUGCGCUCAGCCAGCCCGGCUGCGCCUGCACCGCCUCACUGCGCCAGCCCGGCAUGGGACAGGACAAUUGCAAACCCCAGCCCGGAGACCUGAUCGAGAUCGACCGGCCAGGUUACCAGCACUGGGCCCUCUAUGUUGGGGACGGAUAUGUCAUCAACGUCACACCUGUAGAUGAAGGAGCCCCAUCUCUGUUGGUGAGCACCACAUCUGUAUUCACCAAAAAGGCCAAGGUGAAGAAGCAGCUCCUGAAGGUGGUGGUGGAAAAUCAUAAAUGGCGUGUCAACAACAAGUAUGACCGCACCCGCACUCCUUUCCCUGUGAAGGAGAUCAUCCGGCGUGCUGAGCAAUGGAUUGACAGGGAGGUGCCAUACGAUGUGCUUACCAGCAACUGUGAGCACUUUGUGACCAUGCUGCGCUACGGAGAAGGAGUCUCAGACCAGGUGAGUGUCACAGGGUGAGCCCUGGGUGCCUCCCAGAGCAGCUCCUGGCUGCUGGCUGUGAGCCGGGCACUGGGACACAGCCUGCAGCCUGCAGGGCACAGCCCAGUGCCAGGCGUGGGCUCCAAAGCAGCGCUGCCUCCCCAGAGCCCCUGGCCCUGCAGGGUCCCUGUGCUCUGGCUGCACCCUGGCAGUGCCCUCUCCCUGAGUGCCACCUCCUGGGGGGACAAACCUGGCUGCUGCCCCUUCUGCUAAUGGGGCACAU